UAUGGGAGAGUGAUCGGUGGGGAGAGCUCAUCGAAUAGAAGGAUACGAUCAUGGCGUCUAUGCAAGAGCAAAGAGAGAGAGAAGCAGCUGAAGCAGAGAGACAAGCCGCAGACAAGGUAGACAGGAGUGUUGAUGCCCAUGAGGGGGAAGGAGAGGAACAGCAGAGGCGGCCUGGUAUCAUGGGGACCAUCCAGGAGGGCACUGCCUCCUUUCUAAAGAAAGUCACAGGCAAGGCCCAAGAAACUGGAGAGAAGGCCAGGGAGACGAAGGAUGCUGCUGUCGAGAAAGCUGGGGAGUACAAGGAUUCUGCCUCUCAGAGGGCCAAAGAAACCAAAGACUCUGCCAUGGAGAAGGUUCGAGAUACCAAAGAUUCAACUGCAGAGAAGUUAGGCGAGACGAAGGAUGCUGCAGGAGAGAAGGCUUCCCAAGCCAAGGAUGCCGCAGCAGGCACGAUGCAGGACUACAAAGAACAGGCGGGAAAGGCGAAAGAUGCUGCUGCAGAGAAGGCUCGAGGGUACAAGGACACGCCCGCAGAGAAGGCUCGAGAGUAUAAGGACAGUGCUACGCAAAAGGAUCGAAUGUAUGAGGACUUAGUUGCAGAUGCCGCAGCACCUACUAAGGUUGCUGGUGCGGGUGACAAAGAAAAGGCUAAGCAGAGAAGUUCAGAGGCAACUGAAUCUGCCAAGGAGAGAACAAAGGAGACGGAGGAGAGCGCGAAGAAGAGAAUGGAGGAACUCAAGUUGAAGGAGAGGGAAACGAAGGAAGAGAGGGGACGCAAGGCAGAAGAGACUAAAGCUGCUGCUCAAGAGAAGUCUGACGAAGCGAAAGGGUCGAUAUUCAACAAGAUCGGAGGGGUGGCAGAGGCUAUUAGGGAGAAGAUAUCAGGUGUGCAGGAGGAGGCGGAGAGGAGGCAAGAAGAAGAUGAGGCCCUGACUGCAACAACAGAGGGAGAGGAGGCGGUGUUGGCUGCUCAAAUGGAAGACCCUUACAGGGCGAAGAGUGAUGAUGUUGGCGUGGUUGGGUGUGGAGCGGAGGGAAUAUAA